CAGCAGAGGUUUAGGUGGGCUCCCAUCCCAGGUUGAUGAGCCCCAUCUUCCCUAACUCACCCAUUGGCUCCCCUCACCUGUUUUAGCCGGCCAGUCGAGGCCAUUCCUGAGAAGUGGCUCCUGUCGCAUGUCAACAGCUUCUAGGAGCAGGGCUUCCCCCCCCCCAGCUGGAGCUCACCAGAACUCGGUUCCAGCACCUCUCAGGUGGGCUGAGAGAAAGAGGGAGGUGUUUAUGGUGAGUUCCGACACCUCUUUUUUGUGGAAAAACAGCACUGUCUAGGAACCACAGGCUGCCACCUGCCCCUCAGUUCCCUCUAGAGCAUGCACAGAAACCAACUUCUUGACUGUUGGACCCGCGAUCCGUCUCGCCAGCUCAGUCCGCCAGAACCUGAUAAUAAUAGCAAUAAUAAUGGGGAGCAAUUGCUAGCUUUGUACACCAACCACCGAGUGGAUAUUGUGGACUUAGAACCGAGCUGGUAACUCUUUAACCAGGGAGAGGGGUGGGGUGGCUGGGCGAGGGGAGGCCUGGAGGCCUGGCAGUCAGGGCAGAGUCUACCUGGCCCCAGAACGAAGCUGGGAAGCUUUGAGAGGGAGGCGUGUGAAGAUGGAGGGUGCGUCUGGGCUAGGCCUGGGGAGGAAGGGACGGGUAGAAGGGAGCUGCGGGCCGGGCCUCUCCAGCAGAUGGAACGGAGGUAACAUCUCGAUUCUCCCAGACGACAUGGCCAGCCUCACCCAGGAGCUGGGCACUGCUUUCUUCCAGAAGCACCAGCUGCCGGCGUCCAUGGCGGACACCUUCCUGGAACACCUCUGCCUGCUGGACAUCGACUCGGAGCCCAUAGCCGCCCGCAGCACAGGAAUCGUCUGCACCAUUGGCCCUGCUUCCCGCUCGGUGGAAAUGCUCCGUGAGAUGAUCAAGGCCGGAAUGAACAUUGCACGGCUGAACUUUUCGCACGGCUCGCACGAGUACCAUGCAGGAUCCAUUGUGAAUAUCCGGAGAGCAACGGAGAGUUUUGCCUCCAACCCGCUCUUCUACCGACCGGUGGCCAUUGCCCUGGAUACCAAAGGCCCAGAGAUCCGCACCGGUGUGGUCAAAGGGGGCGUGGACCAAGAAGUGGAACUGGUGAAAGGAUCGCGGGUGAUGGUUACGACAGACCCAGCCUUCCAGGAGUGUUGCGACCAGCACACCGUGUGGCUGGAUUACGUCAACUUGCCCAAAGUCAUCAAAGUCGGUGGGCGGAUCUUCAUCGACGACGGCCUCAUCUCCUUGCUGGUCAAGGAAAUACGCCCCAACGGCUGCGUCACGGAGGUGGAGAAUGGUGGGAUGCUGUGCAGCCACAAGGGGGUGAAUCUGCCGGGGGCCGAGGUGGACCUGCCGGCGGUCUCCAAGCGAGACAUCCAGGACCUGCAGUUUGGCCUGCAGCAGGGCGUCGACAUCGUUUUCGCCUCCUUCAUCCGCAAGGCCAGCGAUGUGGCUGCCAUCCGGAAGGUUCUGGGAGAGCAGGGCCGCAACAUCAAGAUCAUCAGCAAGAUCGAAAACCACGAGGGAGUCAAAAGGUUUGACGAGAUCCUGGAAGCCAGCGAUGGCAUCAUGGUGGCACGAGGAGACCUGGGCAUUGAGAUCCCCGGCGAGAAGGUUUUCCUGGCUCAAAAGAUGAUGAUUGGGCGAUGUAACCGUGCAGGGAAGCCUGUGAUAUGCGCCACUCAGAUGUUGGAGAGCAUGAUCAAGAAGCCCCGCCCCACGAGGGCGGAGACCAGCGAUGUGGCCAACGCAGUCUUGGAUGGAGCCGACUGCAUCAUGCUGUCUGGGGAAACCGCCAAGGGGGCGUAUCCUGUGGAAGCGGUGCGGAUGCAGCAUGCGAUUGCUCGAGAGGCUGAGGCCGCCAUAUAUCACCACCAGCUCUUUCAAGAGCUGCGCCGCCUGACCCCGCUGAGCCAGGACCCCACGGAGGUGACAGCCAUCGGCGCUGUGGAGGCUUCCUUCAAGUGCUGCGCAGCUGCCAUUAUCGUCCUCACGACAUCCGGCAGGUCUGCUCAGCUGCUGUCCCGCUACCGUCCCCGGGCCCUCAUCAUCGCCGUGACCCGCAAUGAGCAAGUCGCCCGCCAGGCCCACCUCAGCCGCGGUAUCUUCCCAGUCCUGUGGCGUGGGGACACCCAGGAGGUGUGGGCGGACGAUGUUGAUCGCCGAGUGCAGUUUGGCAUCGAGAUCGGCCGGGUGCGAGGUUUCCUGCGGUCCGAGGACUUGGUCAUCGUGGUUACAGGCUGGCGGCCUGGAGCAGGUUAUACCAACAUCAUGAGGGUGCAGCAGGUUCCGUAAGCACAGCGAGAAGCACCUCCCAAAAAAAUCCCCAUCAAGAGAGAUGCCCAUGCCCUACGACAUUUCACAGCUGAAAAAUGGGGAUAUGCUUAUAAAGUCCCUGUGCUUCUGGCAAGGGUUAGUUACAGGUCAUACCAGCUGCCUCUUGCUUUCCUAUAUACGAGCGAUGUCUGUUCUCUGCCUGCUGUUUCAGCUGACUGUGCACCAACCCUCUCCUCCUCUGAUUUAAAAGCCAAGUGGGUGCUUCAUCUUCAGUUAAAGAUAUGUUUGGGGGAACGCUAUUGUCCUUCAGUCUGUUGUUGACUGUUCCUAAGGUGGUGAGACCUCAGCGGAUGAGGCAUCUCUAAGAAAUACCUGCUUGCAUGUGCUGCAGGUGUAUUAGUGUUUAAGCCUGAUGGUGGCAGAACCUCAGGCCUGGGUAGCGGAGGGCGUGCGGCCCCCCAGCCCUCUCUACCUGGCCCUUGUAAGUGUCCACAGGUCACCCCCCUCACUGGCCUUGCAUUGCACCCCGAGUGCUUUUGCCUGCCUGAAAUUGUGCCUUUUGCUUCUCCGCAUGGAAGCUGGAGAGAGGUGGGGUGGGGGAGAAGCCUGAUUCAGUUCACAUUUAAAUGCAAAUCAACUUCAUGCACACUUUCUGAAACAAUAUACAAACCGGAACACACAGCCAUCUUUCGAAAUUUGCACCCCUCUGAACUUUGCACUCAGAGUUUGUGCUCAAAUUUGCACCCCUCUGAAUUUUGCACUCUGACUUUUGCACUCCUGUUAAGAAAAAAUAUAAAAGUUGGAGGAAAAUAUGCUUUAUAUUAUGCAAAAUGGUCUGUUGGGAUAUAUUCAUACUGAAAUCCUCUUCGAGGCCAACCUGCCAAACAUAAACCCAUAAACAAACACCCACCCUCUUCCAACCCCUCACGGGCAAGCAUUGCCUCCUCUUUCAAAAGCUGCUGCGUCUGAUCUUUCUGCACAGGGAAGCAGAAGACAAAGUCUCUCUCCCCCCCCCCGCCCUUCCUUCCCUGAUUGCCAAUCUGUCGCUGAUCUGCCAUGAUCCUGUAAUCCCAUCUAAACCUUCUUUAAUCAAUCCCAGAACCGCACCCAUUAAUCCUUCUCUCCAACCAGUGGUGGCCUCCCAGUGUUUGGUUGGGACUACCAGCAACUCCAAGGGACCCAGGUGGCGCUGUGGUUAAACCACUGAGCCUAGGGCUUGCUGAUCAGAAGGUCGGCGGUUCGAAUCCCUGUGAGGGGGUGAGCUCCCGUUGCUUGGUCCCAGCUCCUGCCAACCUAGCAGUUCGAAAGCACGUCAAAAUGCAAGUAGAUAAAUAGGAACCGCUAUAGCGGGAAGGUAAACGGCGUUUCCAUGUGCUGCUCUGGUUCGCCAGAAGCGGCUUUGCCAUGCUGGCCACAUGACCUGGAAGCUAUACGCCGGCUCCCUCGGCCAAUAAUGCGAGAUGAGCGCGCAACCCCAGAGUUGGUCACGACUGGACCUAAUGGUCAGGGGUCCCUUUACCUUUACCAGCAACUCCAGGCCUCUCUCUCUCUCUCUCUCUCUCUCUCUCUCUCUCUCUCUCUCUGUGUGUGUGUGUGUGUGUGUGUGUGUUUGUGCAGAUGGAAAAAGCAUUGUUGCCUCCCAGUCAGAAAAGGAGGGGCGUUGUGCUCAGUUACAAGUCCUUGGGAUAGCUCAGUCGGUAGAGCCACAAGACUCUUAAUCUCAGGAUCGUGGGUUUGAGAAGAUGUGGGGUUGUACUAGAAGAUGAUCCUCGUGGCCCCUUCCAGCUACAGUUCUGUGAUCUGAUUCCACGCAAAUGCAUGCAAGAGUAGAAGAACAGUGGCUGCUAUUGCCCAUCUGAACUUGUGGGGUAAAAGGCAGGGAGCCCAACGGCAGGUGCGGUGCCAGAGCCAAUGACAAUCCGAGCUAGACGAGGGAAAGGCAGACCCCAGUCAUUUUUUAGAACUGCAAUCUCAGGAGUUGCUUUGAGUGGAGUGUGUUCCCUGAUUGGCUGGGCUUCCUUUGCUCUUUUUUUUGAGAGCUGCAAGCUCAUGGGUGACUUGGGGAAGGAUGGUCAGCCUAGCCUGCCCAUCCGCCCCCCCCCCCGCACCUCAUUAUCAGCUGCUCAGAUCCUCUGUUAAUCUGACCUAAUCAAAUUAAAAAGAAGCCCUUUAAUCACUGCUGAUCCUUGCACAAGUAAACAGAGCCACACCAAGCAGACCUGGUGCCAAGGGAGCCUUGGGAAUUCUGCAGCCAUGACUAGCAAAUACCCCGCUCUCUCCAGGCAUCCCAGGCCCAGCUUAUAUUUCAUACGACUUCACGUACUUGGAGGGUCAAAUUCCUUUUAAUAAAUGGGUCCUGGCAGGAGCUGCUCAGUUUGUAAAUAGCUCCCUCAUGCGUCCAGCCACUGAACUGUAGGCCAUGCUCUUCUUGGCGAAAUACCUUUGGGGGCCCCUGGAAUGACUCCACCCACUGAGGCUGGCUAUUGGCUACUUCUGGGCAGGAAGGUGUAUGAAAGGCUACCUGUUGCAGCCUGAGCAACAUGGUUGUAUUGAGUAGCUGGCUAACUCCACCUUCCUGGUUUGCCCUGUCUUCCAGCUUGCCCUUCAAGCCCCGCUUCCUGGUGUGGCAUUCAGAAGGUUGGUUCGUGGGCAUAGCAAUCCGGGCCUAUCUGGUAGGGCAGAAGGCGGGGAGCACAGCAGCAGGUGGCGCCAGAGCCAAAUAAUGCUAAUUUUGCCCCCACCUUCCUCCCUGCUGAGUUCUACACAAAACAACACUCAGACUUAGGAGAAGGAGGAGAACACCUGCGGGCAGAAGCCCUUCCUCGACUGGAUACAAGUCAGGAGGCAGGCGGGUGGGAGCUGGCUGAGUGCCCCACUUGCCCUAAUGGACCAUCUAACCACUGGCAGGAAUCUAGAACGAGCCAGGAAGUUAGGGUUGGUGAGCAAGACCACCAGAGCAAACCAUUCUUGAGACAGGAAGCCUUCUUAACGCUCCUUCCUAAUAGCCCAUGGCCAGUGCAGAGGGGCGGAGUCAGUCCAGAAUGUUAUUUCCUGAGAAGCUGCAGUGUCACAGCUUGCCAUAUGGGGCAUUGCUCAGCAGUGAGUAAGAAGGCAGGCGGGUGGAGGCAGAUUGAGGUUGGUGGGGCAGUUCCCCCAUUCACCCUGGUAUUAUUAUUAUUAUUAUUAUUAUUAUUAUUAUUAUUAUUAUUAUUUGUAUCCUGCUCAUCUGGCUAAGUUUCCCCAGCCACUCUGGGCGGCUUCCAACAGAAUAUUAAAACAAUCUAUUAAAUAUUAAAAGCUUCCCUAAACAGGGCUGCCUUCAGAUGUCUUCUAAAAGUCUGGUAGUUGUUUUUCUCUUUGACAUCUGAUGGGUGGGUGCCACUACCGAGAAGGCCUUCUGCCUGCUUCCCUGUAACUUGGCUUCUCGCAAUAAGGGAACCGCCAGAAGGCCCUCAGAGCUGGACCUCAGUGUCCAGGCUGGAUGAUGGGGGUGGGAGACGCUCCUUCAGGUAUACUGGGCCGAGGCCGUUUAGGGCUUAGAUCAGCACCAACACUUUGAAUUGUGCUCGGAAACGUACUAGUCCUCACUAGUUUCUGUCUCUCUCAUGCAAGCUACCAAUUGCAUCGUCUGCUCUGGAUUUUGGAGGGCCUUUGGGCAGAGAUGUCAUUGGUUGGUCCUCUCCUUAAUCUCUCUCUCUCUCUCUCUCUCUCUCUCUCUCUCUCUCUCUCUCUCUCUCUCUCUCUCUCUCUCUCUCUCUCUCUCUCUCUCUCUCUCUCUGGGCCCAAUCAGUUCACCACCCAGAAAGAGCAAGUCGAGUCUACUUGUUGCUGCUUGGGGAGGAGAAGCAAAGCCAAGUGAUGGCUGGUGUUCAUUGAGACUGGUAGGGCAGAAAGCAGGGAGGCCUAGGGAUGGGCAGAGCCAGAGCCAAUGACAGGCAGAUCCAGAGCCAAUAACAGGCCAGCCUCCUGGCUUUCCAGUACAGUGCCACCUAGUGGAGAUUACUUAUAUUUAUGCAAAUGAUUUGAACGGCAGAGAGGAAAUGUAUUUACCGCUAGUGGCUGGUAGGGCAGAAGGCGAGGAGUCCAACAGUAGGGGGAGCCAGAGCCAACGACAGACAGAGCCAAUGAAUACCAGUUUUUUCAUCACCUGCCUCUUUGUUGAGUUCUCCGAGGGGAAAUGUUGCAACUUAGGUGGCAGCGGAGGAGGCUGACAGCCAGUGCCGCUCCUGAACUGGUUGCAAGUACAAGCGUGGGCAGUUGGGGGCAAUUUAUGGGGCAGUAGGCUGGAGGUCAGCAGUGGGCCCCUUGCUCAGGUGCGGGACCCAGGAGAUACCUGAAGAUGCUUGAAAAUGAGGGAGUGGGGGGCUGUUAGCUGACCUCAUGCUUGCUCUGUCCUCUUUCUUCAUUUCCCCGACCUUGAUUUAUAAUCUACUUAAAGCUGGAAGUCCAGACCUUAAUCAGGAAAGAUUGCCAUGGCCACCACCCCAUCACUAUUUAGCCCUGGAUUGAGAGAGAGAGGAAUACAAUAUGGAUUUAAAAUGAUAAUCCAGCUAGGAGAAAGGAGAGAGACCCAGUUUGCUUGUGUGGCCAACAGAAGGGGGGGAAGGCACAGAGAACGGUGUUUUGCAUUCUCAUUUGCAAACCGGAGUCUCUUUGCUGCGGCCUUCUCUUAGUUUGGAUUUUGAGAGGAUUUCCCACUCUUCUGUUCCUUCGUCAUUCUUAGAGAUCUGCUGGAUCAGGCCCAAGGCCUGCCUGGUCCAGGAUCCUGCUCUCACAGGGGCUAACCGGAUGGCUGUGAGAAACGGGCAAGCAGGACCUGAAUGCAGGAGCCCCCUCCCCUCCUGUGGCCCCCAGCAACUGGGAUUUAGAACCCUGAAGAGCUGCUGCCACUGUUUUAGCUGGUGGGGCGGGCCCAGUAGUGGCUCAUGGCCUGGUCCAAGGUGGGUCGUAACAGGAGCACUUGCCAGCGAGCAAAUAUGUGAUAAAAGAUUAAGAAAUGGGUCCCCAAAUCGCAUUUGGAUUGCAAGUGGGUCCUGAGUCUGAAAAGGUUGAAGACUACAGUGGUACCUCGGUUUAAUUACACAAUUGGUUCUGGAAGUCUGUACUUAACCUGAAGCGAACUUUCCCCUUGAAAGUAAUGGAAAGUGGAUUAAUCCGUUCCAGACAGGUCCACAGGGUACUCAACCUGGUACUCAACCUGAAGCGUACUGAAGUAUGAGUGUAAUUGGCUCUGGAAGUCUGUACUUGACCUGAAGCGUACUUAACAUGAAGCGAACUUUCCCAUUGAAAGUGGAUUAAUCCGUUCCAGACGGGUCCACGGAAUACUUACACUGAAAGUACUCAAACCGAAAGUACUCUGAAAGUACUCAAACCGAAGCGUACUUAAACCGAGGUAUGACUGCAUUGGUGUAGAGACAAUAUGGGUGAAUUUUCGGAAUCUGUACAAGGCAACUUCCUAUGCUGUUAUGUAACUGAAUGUAAUUACUCCUCCUCCACCAAAGGCCCACUCCCUGUCAUGUAGGAAUUGCGCCUUUAAUGUGGUGGCUUCUUCCCUUUGGAACUGCCUCUUGUCGGAUAGGCGAUUGUCUUUUUGGUGCCUGUUAAACAGCUUCAUCUUUCAACAUGCCUUUUAUCCCUAGCUGUAUCUGUAUUGGAUCUGAGAUCAUUUUAAUGGCUGACUUUAAUAAAAACAACAACAACAAACUGUUUGCUUUGGGAUAUUUUCAUGGGAAGCAAUGAACAAAGAAAUAAAAUUAAUAUGUGAAUAACC